GAUCUGCAUUUCCUUGAGAUCUUACUCUGGUUCUUAUGCGCGAGUAGCUUCUGCUUUCCAGAUGAUUCAGCUCCUCAACUCUGUCAUUCCAAUCCUGGUUUUCUUCACGACCCCGGCUCUUGGAGCUUGCACUGCCAGCAUCCUCCUCAAUGGCAACACCAGAACGUACUCUUCGUGCUCCUCCCUCAACUCUUGGUCGCAGCUCUCCUGGACUUUCGAUCCGUCGGCAAGAACAAUGGACACCAUGUUUCGAGCUCUCUUGACAUCUCCUUCGGGUUGGGUCGGCUGGGGGAUUAACUCGGGCUCCACAGCGGCGAUGCUCGGAUCCAACGUCCUCCUCGGCUUCACAGACUCGAGCAAUGUUAUCCGAGUUGCGCAGUACAGCCUCACUCCCCAGAUCCUCCGAGGUACGCUUCCUUCGCCAGCUUCUUCCACGGAGCUGAGACUAGUCGGUUCUAGCUUCAUUGAUAUUUCCAGCGGAGUUGUCACCAUUUUUGCCAAGCUCUCGCUGCCGACCAACCAGUCAAUUUCCAGGAUCAACCUCGUUUUUUGUCGAGGACCCGGGACCAGGAACUUGAGCCCGUUGCCUCACACAACGGACGCAUCGUUUCUCCGACAGACUACCGCUGUUCUCGACAUGAGCAGCAAUCGAAUUCUCCGUGCUCAAGCUCCUCACCAGUCUUUAAAACUCCAACAUGGAAUAAUAAAUGCUGUUGGCUGGGGGAUUUUUCUACCGCUCGGGGUCAUGGUGGCUAGAUAUGUCAGGCCUUACUCCCACCGCCGAGAAUGGUUCUUCGGUCACGUCGGUUUACAGUGCACGGGUUAUCUUCUCGGUGUGGUUGGCUGGGGAAUCGGACUUAAGCUCGCCAGCUACAGUGGAGAAUCGGCUGCUUCUCAGGUCCACCAAAACGUCGGUACCGCCAUCUUCGUCUUUGCAACACUUCAGGUGCUUUCGCUUGUUUUCAGACCAGAGAAAGAGCACAAGAUCCGCCCCUACUGGAAGAUCUACCAUCACGGCCUCGGCUACCUCACUCUCGUUCUCAUCUUCACCAACAUUUACAAGGGUUUUAAGCUGCUCCAGGGGUCCAGGACUUUGAAGAACCUCUACACGGCGUUCUUGGUUAUAGCAGUGCUAGCCACCGCAGGUCUGGAGGCUUAUCGCUGGUAUGUUUACUUGGAGAAGAAGAGCAAGCGACCCGCGUAUGCCUCCGAGUCCCCUACCUCUGAUAGUAAGAUCUAGAAAACCUUGUAUCUCACCUUUUAAUAUUUUUUGAAUGGUAAUGGAUAUUCUCUUAUAGGAA